UGUUUGUUGACACUGAAAUAUGGGAGGGGAACUUUUGCGUUCUUGAAUAAAACACUCCUUUCAGACUAAACAUGACACGCUAAGGCCUAAUGGAGGCGAAAGGACACUGGGAUUGGGCAGGAUAUGGACAGGAUGUUGAAAUGGUCAGAUCAAAGUGUUCAUAUCUACACGGCUGAAGAGCGUUCACAAGUCAUCAAUGCAGUACCUUUAUAUAUGCAGACAUAUGACUGGGACUGCGGCCUAGCAUGUGCCUCUAUGGUUUUGAAGUACUUAGGAAAAGGAACAAAGACGGUCUAUACAAGUGAUUUGGAGAAUUUGAAAUGUGGAGAGAGCAUUUGGACAAUCGACUUGGCUCGACUCAUGAAAUUUUAUAACAUCAAUCAUUUACUAUGCACAGUAACAUUGGGUGUGGAUAAAGGGUACCAAAAACAAACAUUUUACAAUGAAGAUGGAAGAUUUAGCAAUGAUGAAGUGAGGAUAUCUAAAUUGUUUGAGGAGGCAGCAGACAUCGGUAUCUGUGUUCAGAAACGAAUAUGCAGCAAAUGGUCAGUUGGUAUAGACGAGAUCAUCUCCAGCGUUAGAGCGGGCCACGUUGCAAUAGUUCUGGUGGACUGGAGUCAUCUCGAGUGCAUCUGGUGUGACCGACGACACUGCAAGUCCUGCUGUUUUCCCUGUAUUUCCUCAAGUUGCUGCCGUAGUUAUCAAGGUCAUUUUGUGGUUGUUUGCGGUAUUGAUGAGAAGAAGAGGAGAAUUUUCUUCAAGAACCCGUCUUACGAUGAAGAUAUGUGUUGCAGCCUAAUGGAGAAAUUUGACGCUGCAAGGAAAAGUUACGGCACAGAUGAAGAUAUUUUGUUUGUAUACAAAGAUGGUGUGUCUUAGAAAUAUUUAGAUCAAGACAUUGAUAGUUAAGAGGUAUUCUUGUUUUGUUGUUGUUUUUCACCAAAUUGAUGGUGAGGACUUAUGUAUCCUAUGUUAUACAAGGGUAAUAUCGGCUAUUUUUGGCAUCAUACAUGUUACUUUUCAAAGUUUAAAAUGGCAUAUUUUUGUGAUUCAUUUUCUCAAGAACAUAGCCACAUUGCAGAGGUUUUUGCCCUUAGUAUAGGCUUAGCUCAAUUUAUUUACUGUCAUGACACUUAGUUUUUGGACAUCCUAAACUAUAUUGACAGCAAUUGUUUUGUGUUCUGAAUAUUUUUAGCAAUUUCUGCUGGUUGUCUCCCUUGAGAUUUUGUAUGCCUUUCCUUAGAAUGUGGCAUAUAGCAGUUGCACAGUCCGUCUUUGUGAAAUUUCUUGUCUCAGCCAUAACUUAAAUCUUUGUUAAUGUAUCUUUAAAUAACUUUGCUCAAAUAUCCACCUUCAUUUGAUGUGUUACUUGUUAAAUUGGCCUCUCUAACUCAAAGGUUACGGUAAUUCUUUGAGGUCAAAAGUCAUGAACUUUCCUGUCUCCUUUAUAACUUUACAUAUGGGUCAUGCUCUAUAAAAAGAGGGUUUAAUGUAUGUGCAGAAAGUGUCAUCCCAGAUUAGCUUGCGCAGCCCACACAGGCUGAUCACAGAGACACUUUCCGCUUUUAUGAUAUUUUUUUAUCAAGAAAUUAUCUUCGUAGCAAAAAUCAAAAUUAGGCGGAAAGUGUGUUCCCUGAUUAACCUGUGUGGACUGCAGGAGCUAAUCUGGGACAACACAAAGCACUGCGUUGAACCUUCUUUACGCGGAGUAUGGCCCAUAUAUUGAUGGAUUUAAAAACAAUUUUGAGAAAUCAAUCUAUCUUAUGACUACCUGUUUCUAAAUUACUCGCUAAUUGAAUGGUCUUGGUUACACUAAGAGUUUACAAGGCAGAAUUAGCCAUAAAACACUUACAUUUUAUUGAUAUUGUGCUACCCAAAGGUGGCAUGGGGUCUAUGUCACUGUUUCGAAACAUAAUGUACAAUCUGUUUCCCAAUAGAGAUGGCAUAUUGAAAUCAACAUGGACAUCUGCCUGUCAGUCUGUGUGUCCGUAGACACAAACUCAUCUGAAGAAGUUCCUUCAUAUUGGGACUGUUACUUUGUCAUUCAUUUUAAAAUGCAGAAGGCAUGGGCCUUUCCAACCAGCUCAAGUUCAAGGUCACACAUUGACAAAUUUUCAGCUUCCAUUUUUUGUGUUUUCAUGUCACCCAUACACUUAAAUAUUUUUGUACAACUUUUCUAAUAUUUAUUUUCUCAUUGAAACCAUGCCCAGCAGGUAUACAACAUCCACUUUUAGUAAAGGUUAGGCCACUCCAAAUAGAUUUGUUGGUCUACGGAUUUUUUCGAAAAAAAAGUUGAAGAGGCGAGCGAAAAAAACAAAAAAACUUUUUAUUUAAAACAGGAAAUUAUUUGAGCAAGCAAAGAGCGAAGAAUAAAAAAAAUCACAUUUCGAUAGAAAAAUAUUGCAUUAACAAGAGAUACAGGUUUAAACAGCUAUAGUUUACAUUCAAAUCAAUUCUUAUACAAAGAAAAGAAUCUUUGUACAAACAAGCAAUAAUAUAUCUAUGAGUUACAUACUUUUCAAAUAAAAAUGCACUAAAAUUAGGUUUCAGCGCUUAAACUUUAAAAUGUAGAACACAAGCUAGUGUUUUCAUAUUAGGAAUAGCAUUACUUGUAAGUUUUAAUUAAACAUCUUUUAAUGCAAUUAGUAAAACAAUGUUUAUAUUUAUAUACAUGUAUUGAAUAACUGAUUGAUUAACUCUUCCAUGAAGAUUCUGCGCUUUUAUAUGAAUUUGCAGCCUUCAAAGCUUCCGAUAUGAUUUCAUGUCGGAACGAUGCUACAGCAAAUUGACGUUAAACAAUAUGAGGUCGAUGUAUAUCGACCUCAUAUUUAUAGGAGUAAGUUGCAUAUGACCUUUGACCACGAAAUAUAACCAUAUCAUUGAAGUGAGGGACACAUGUCUACCUACUGCUGCUUAUAUUUGUUCGAGGUUUGCAAUAGUGACAGCUGUGAAAAUGUAUACAUGUACCAUGUUGUAAGCUGUGAAAAGGUAUACUAUGUUUCAAUAGCACUUGAAGAAGGACAAUCAUCAAAAUGAUGACAGACAGUUGGACAAAGGCCAUGCAUAUAAACCAUUUUCGAUACCUUAUUUUAAAACGGGCAUAUCGAUGGCUAGUACGGUAUUAUAUUUUUUCUGAAAUAAAUUAUAUACAUUACAAAAAAACUGUUUUGAUGUUUCUAAAAUACACGUACCUAGCUCUAAGCUGUAAAGCGUGUUCUGUCAACCAUGUAUUUUAAUACUUCUAAAACAUUGUCCCUAUGACUCUUUUAAAACCAGCCUUUAAUAAUUGUAUGUUUAUUUUUUGUUCACUUAAAAAUUUGUUAUAGGAAAAAUUUGCCUACAUAUAGGACAAUACCGUCCUGUCCAUAUGCCCAUUUAAUGAAGAAAAUGCAUACAAAACUUACGUCAUGUUUCCCUAUGUUGUUAAAUUGAGCAUGCUUCAAUGGUAUCUGCUGAUAGUUGCAUGUUCGAACGUGAACAAACACAUUCAAAUAAGUCACAGAACGAAGCAGAAACACUAUAUUUGGCAUUCAUAUUCAGCGUCAAAAUUCUUUCUGCUAUAUUGUUUUUUUUCUUUUUUUCACAAAUUAAAAAAAACAUGCGCUAUGGUUACAGAAAGACACAAAAAUGAGUGUGAGCGGUAAAUUUUUAUAUAUUUUUAUUCCAUUUUGAAAAAAUAGGUGCGGCAAAUCCGACGACCAACACAUCAAUUUGGAGUGGCCUUAGGGUCACUCUUGAUGAUUGAAUGUCUAACCCUGUAUCUUUCAGUCUCUUCUUUAUAUCAUGUGCCCUUUAACAGGUCUUAAUGAAACUUGAAUUUAAUGUUUGUAAUAUUGAUGCAAUAUCCAAAACAUGAAGCAGCACCCCACUUUAAGUUCAAGGUCACACUAAAUAGUUAAAAUGAUUAAGGCAUGGAAUAAAUCUGCCCUUUCAACUGUCUAGUUUAUUUGUUUUUAGCAACAAACAGUGUUGAUUUCUAUUGCUGCUGUACUUGAUUCUUGAAAUAUAAAAGCCAAUAUUUAAUUUGUAUGUGUGUGUACUUUUUUAUUUUCUGUGUUUGGCUUAAUAUGUCAGCUUCUUUCAUAAACAUGUUGAUGUUAAUAUGUUAUUGGAAUGAAACGUUUAUCUGGGCCUGUUGUACACAUACACUGUCGAAUUAAAAUUCAUUUGUUCCAUUUUGACUUCAAAAUAUGGAUCCAGCUGAAGAUUUCUUCAUCAUGGCAUUGGGACCAAAAUGCAUAUAUUCAGGAAAACUAAGCCUUAUAUUUGUACAGAUAUUUAUUUUUGUACUUUCAUGUAUGAUAUUUCGGCAAUGUGUUAUGAAUAGACAUAUUGACGUUCAAACGUUUAGUUUACCAUGAGAAAAGGUAUACUUAGUGAGGCAAUUGGCAAAAUCAUGACAAAUCAUGUUAUUUUUAUGUUCCUGGAAACAAUGCACCUUCUAUCAUGUAAAAAAGGUUCUUGUUUAAAAUUGAAAAUCCACAAACCUUUAAUAUCAUCUCUUUUAACUGAAAUACUAGAUGUGUAUAUUUGUUAUUAAAUGUUAUCUUACGUUCUCUUAUGUUUGUAUUUUCCCCAUUCAAUUGUGAUGGUGAAUUUUAAAUAUACACCCAUAAUCCCGAUUGAAGCUGCCAUUAGUACAAUAUGUUGAUGUGGUACAUUUCAAUGCGUGAACAUUGUUGAAUAUUAUGCCCAAAUUGGUUUUAUGUAUUUACAAUUGUGCAAUUAUUUGUCUUGAUAAAUAUCAGUGUAUCUAAUAACGUCAACUUCUUUAAUUAUUUUUGUCAGAAUGUUUGCUCCUGUAAAUUGCCAGUUGUACCGGUGCAUGUGUUUUUUUUCGAGAAUGUAUAUUGAUUAUUUAUUAUUUAUAGUUUUAUUAUAGCCAAUACCUAAGUGAAUGCUAACUGCAUGCCCUUGUUAUUGCAUGGUUAUUAUGCUUUUUAGUUUUCAAUACGAAAAUUUCAUCUAUUCACCUCUAAUAUUGAUAAAAGAUCUCUCAUCAGUUAAAAUAAUCAUAUCGUGCGAAAAAUAAUGCAAUCUUUGUCUAUUAAUUUAAACAAAUAACACAUUAUAUGUAUUAAAAAUGUCUUAAUAUUGUUAUUGAUAUUUGAUUUUCUUUUUUUGUGUGACUUAUUUCCAUGUAUUGCUUGCUUGAAUAAUUAAUUCCACUUAUUUCAGAGCAAUGUUCUACUUAGCAAUGCAAACAUGUGUUUUCCGUUUUUAUUCAAUAAUAAUAAUAAAUUGCAAACAAUUACUGUCAA